CUAUCGGGCGAUAACGCCGUCGCAGUGCUCUGUCAGUGCUCACAUACACACCACGUCAUGGUGCCCUAGUGGAAAUGGAGACGGAGACGAUCAUCAUGGUGAGCGUGCUGAGCGCUGCGUGGCUGGUGCUGCUGGCGGUCUGCGCGGUGCUGGCCUCGCGCAUCGCCAGCCUGCGCCGCCAGCUCGAAGACCUCAACGCCAGCGGCCGGCUGCGGGUCCAAAAGCUCACAAUGAGCACCGACAAGCACGCGUUCAACAACCCGACGCUCUCCCCCGACGAGGAGCUGUCCCGGCGCGGCUACUCCAUGUACCAACCCGACGACGACGUUGAGAGCGGCCGGGGGACUGAGCGGUACAGCACCCAUAGCCCCUCUCGCAUGCAGGCCUACCACACGCAGACGGGUGGGCAGUUUGUAGACGAGCUGGCGAGGGAGAUAGACUACCGACAGCAGCGGCAGAGCUCGCAACACAACAUGCAGCAGCAGCAGAACAACAUGUCACAGCAGCAAAACAACGUGUCACAGCAGCGGAACAGCAUGACACAGCAGCAACCACCGCAGCCGCAGCAACAACAACCGAGUCCGCCGUUCCUGUUGCAGAGCAUAGAAAGUAGCAAGAAAAUAAGAGCCCUUGCCAACCCGGUCGCCGCCCAGGGAAGACAGAGUGACACAAACCCCAACUUCAUGUACUAGUCCUUGGGAUGAAUCAUCUGAACCAGACGGAAAAUUGUCGAAGAUUGGAGCACAGAGGACGCAAAUGUGUUUCUAUCUAACACAAUUUCAGGCAAGGUACGAUUUUAAAAACAUGCUUGGAAAGAAAAUUAAAAUUCAGAACUAGAUCAGAACUGUAUAACACAAUUUAAAGAUACAACUACUUUUUUCGUAAAAGAAAAAGGUACGUAUUUGUAAAAGUAACAACUUGGAUUGUGAUUUUUGUACGAGUAAAAGUGCAGUAAAAUCUAGUGCAAUGUUAACUAAGAAUUAAAUAAAUUAAAUAAUAAUAUUAC